AAAGGUUAAAGAAAGACUAACUAGAUUAAACUCAAUAUUAUUAAACAUUGGAUUACCUUUAUUAAUACUGAUCAUUGUUCUAUAAGUUUUAGUGAUUUAGUCAGGCUCAGGGUGAGGGGAACACAAAGGAUGCAUCUGCGUGUUCCCCCUUAUUCUGCUCUUAGUGUGGGCUGCCUGGUGUCCCAAAAUCAAACUUGCCCCUGCUCCAUGAAAAGGUGUGGGGCUGCACCAAAAGACGUGGGGCUGCAGAGCCCAUUUCUGUCUCUCCCCCUUUUCCAACAUCCAUUUUUCCCCCUCGAAUUCCCAGGCUUUCCUCCCUCAUCUCCCUGUUUCCCACCACCACAUCUUUCCAGUUGCCACAACCACAUCCCUCUCCCCAAAUUUACACAUCCUUAUGUCUCUCUCUCCCCCUUUUCCUAUCCCUAUAUCCUUCCUUCUUCUCACUUCCCCCAUCCACAUCCUUCUCUCCCCACUUCCCCAUAUCCUUAUACCUCCCUUUUCCCUCUUUUCCACAUCCAUAUCCUUCCUCUAUCUUUUCUCUAUCAUAUCCCUUCCUCUUCCUCGUUUCCCAUAUCCCUAUACCUCCUUCUUCCAGUCUUCCAUAUCCCCCAUCUCUCAUUUCCCACAGCCCCAGUUCUUACAUCCAUACUUUUCCCUCUCCGUUUUCCCACAUCCUUGUAUCACCCUUCUCCCUUUUUUUCAACACUCAUUUACCUUCUUCGCCCUCUUUUUCCAUAUCCCUAUGCUUCCCUUUCCCCAUUUUCCAUAUCCACAUUCCUCCCUUUUCCCAUGCCCAUAUCUCUUUGCCUCCCUUUUCUUGCAUCCAUACCCUUCCCUUUUCCCUAUUUCCCACAGCCCCAUCUCUCUCUCUCCCCUUUUCCCCACAUCCUUAUGCCUUCCCUCUCCCCACUUUCCAUAACCCCUCUCUCUACCAUUUUCCACAGUCCUAUCUCUUCCUCUCCCCCUAUCCCAUGGGCAUAUCCCUCCUCCUCCCCACUUCCCACACCCAUAUCUCUCCUCCUUUUCUCUUUUCCUACAUCCUUAUGCCUUCCUCUUCCAUUUCCCAUAUCCACAUCUCUCUCCCACCCCUUUUCUUUCAUCCUUUCCCAUGCCCACAUCCUUUCCUCUCCUUUUAAUCCUGUGGUAGUGGAAGUGGAACUAGAUGGGCUUUACAGUCCAUUCUGUGCCAUUCUAUGAUUCUUCACAUCCUUAUCUUUCCCAUCCCUAUAUCCUUCCUUCCUUCCCACAGUCUCAUCCCUCCUCUUCCCAUUUCCCAUGACCAUACCCUACUCUUUCCCCAUUGCCUAUGCCCUUUCCUCACAUCCUUAUCCCUCCCUCUUCCCUAUUUCCCACUGUGCCAUCUCUCCCUCUCCUUUUUCCCACAGCCAUAUUCCUGCCUCUCCCCAGUCCCCAUGACUGUAUCACUCUCUCUCCCCUCCCUCCCUUCAACUUUUUGCCACUCUCUCCCCUUUUCCCACACCCUUUUUUUUCCCAAGACCACAUCCCAGCCCAUUUCCCACAGCCCCAUCCUUCCCUCUCUCCCCAUAGCUGUUCCCUCUCCCUCCCCACCUGCUCUUUCCCCUAUCCCAGCUGCUUGCCCUGACCCCAGCUGUCUGGGCCAUAAUUAACCCCUGACACAUAAUUAACACCUGACAGCACAUUAGCAGGCCCUGCUGGCACGUGGAAAGGUCACUGAGCUGCACCUCUCACCCUGUCCUCUCCAACCCCAUUACAGAGAGCAGAUGCUGAUGGGCCCCGCGGCCAUCACCAAGCUGUGGCGGCAGCCCCACACCUGGCAUACAACUCCGACAUCCUCGCGAUGGGUGCAGUCAUGAUAUCCCCACAUACGGUGCGCGCAG